CGCCUUCGAUCGAUCCGUAGACACGUGCGAUGCACCUGCACGCAGCGCGGCGCGGUGCACAUCCAGUAUUUGAUGCCCCAGCACCAGCCGCACCAAGCCACCGACCUGCAGGACUCGGCCGCUUUCAGCUCGUACACCUCGCCGCCGGCCACCAUGUGGGAGUACCAUCACCAGGCGGCACAUGCGGCGGCCUCGCAAACCUCCUCGUCGUCUUCCCCCUCCUGGAGCACCUACGCCGGGACGACAGCGGCGCUCCUCGGCGCCGGCAUGGCCUUUGCCACCGACUCAUCGUCGACCUCCGACGUGCGCCUUCCGGCUGCGGGCGAGCACGUCCACGGCCAUGCAUGGAGCCAGCACGGCGAACUAAUCAGCAGCCCAUGCUACAGGGAGAACUUCCUCGAUCUUCUCGCAUCGAAGAACGUGACGCCGGAGAUGUUCGAGGACGUCCCGGCCGGCCACUACGCCGCGCCGGCACUGUUGGGACGAUUCGGAGCAGGCUCUGAUGUUUCGCCGGUCAAGUACGAGCUCGCCGGCUCGCCGCUGGUCUUUGGGAGUACUGCCGGUGUGAACCAGGCGAUAAACAUCGUUGGUUCCAUGCCAUGCUACGCCUACGCCGAACACCAUCAGAUGAAGGAAGGCAGCAACCAGCAGCAGCAAGAACUUGCAGCCCCGGCCAAGGCCUCCUUUCUGCAGCAACUAAGUACAAAUGCUAGUGUUGGUAUGCAUGCUUGUUUGGAUUAUUCAGGCAUAGGAGGGCUUGACAAGAUUUGCCAGGAGAGUCGAGCAAUCGAGGCUAGUCCUUUUAGCAUGAGGAGCUUGCCGGACUUUAGCUCUUUUAAUGGCUACAGAUCAACAGCAGAAUCGACGUCGUCGGUGCAACCAUACAUGAGAUCCAUUAAUCUGUCUGACAGCAGUAAACAAGAUCAGGAUAUUGUUUCGGCAAGGAGUAGCAGCAGCGGCAGCGGAGCGGCCAGUGACCGUAAGAAGCGGCCGUCCGAGGAAAGAACGAGCAACGUGAAGAAGUCUAAGCAAGAGGGUUCUAAAGCAUCACCUCCCAAGCAACAAGUGCCUAAAGUGAAGAUAGGAGAGAAGAUCACAGCACUGCAACAGAUCGUUUCACCAUUUGGGAAGACUGACACAGCAUCGGUGCUGUUUGAAACGAUCAAGUACAUCAAGUUUCUGCAUGAACAAGUACAGCUGCUGAGCGAGCCGUACACGAAUUCGAGCAGGGACAAGGGUAGCGUCGUCCCAUGGGGAGAUCAUGCAGAGGCGAGCAAGGUAGAAGCAGAGCACGACCUGAGGGACAGGGGGCUCUGCCUGGUCCCUGUCUCGUGGACCCCUGAAGUCUACCGGGAUGGCACCGCGAUGGACUACUGGACGCCGGCGUACAGGGGCUGCCUGUACCGAUGAGAUAUGACUGCUAGCGAAAAAUUCCUUCCUGAUCACUUGAUCAGUGGCUCUGCCCCGAAGUUGCAUAGGACUCCAGCUGAUCUGCGACAUGUGGUGCUUGUGCUUCCUGGUUUGUAUUUGACUAGUUUGUUUGCUUUGCGGUGUUGUGAUUGUUGAUUUGUAAUGAGUGCUGAAGAAAUGGUCUGAAUUAAUCGACCUUAGCUGCUCACAUUUGUACCAGUAAUAUAUGCACCACAGCACCAGAAUUGGCAUAAGUACCACUGUACUAAGUAUGUUUGUUUAAUGCACUAGUGAUUACA